AUGACAAUUACUAAACAGCGCAGUGUGCAUAAGACUAAAAGAAAAAGUGGACUAGCAAAAGGAUCCAGUGAUUCCAAAAAGAUUUUUUUUGAAUCGGACUUCAGUAGCGUUGAAUCCAAACCUGCGUCAUCCUCUUACCGUGAAAAUACAUAUCUGGAAACAAAUAAUGAAAAACCAGUGAUACACCACAAGAAGAGUGAUGAUGCUGAAGUUGAAUUAGAUGAUGAUGAGAAAAUACACUCUGAAAAUCCAUAUGGAGAUUUUUACGCAAACGAAACAAUAAUUCGUGAAAUACCUUUAAAUCAGCUCGAAUCGGUUAUUGCAGAAAAUAGAAUGAAUGGAGAUGACGGUUUUCAGAAAGAAUAUGCGACAUUACCGUACGGUGAAAGAUACGAGUGCGACGCUGGAAAGAGCGAAGAAAAUAUGGCUAAAAAUAGAUUUAAGACAACUUUUCCCUGUAAGUAUUAA